CAUACUCUCUCUCCCUCUUUCUCUCUAGAUCUCUCACCUCUGAGAGAUCGCCGACCGUUUGUUUAUUCUGUAGGCCGGAAUCUCUCAGCCGGCGGGUCAAUCCAAUCAAGUCUCUCAUAGAUCAUAUCUACAUCUGAUCUGCAGUCGUUUUGAUCUUUUCCGGCACCACCAUGGCGGCCGCUAACGCUCCGAUUACUAUGAAGGAGGCACUCACGUUGCCCAGCGUAGGCAUCAAUCCACAGUUUAUCACGUUUACCAAUGUCACAAUGGAGUCGGAUAAGUACAUUUGCGUCCGUGAAACAUCACCUCAGAAUAGUGUGGUGAUUAUCGAUAUGAGCAUGCCUAUGCAGCCUCUGAGGAGGCCAAUUACCGCCGAUUCAGCUCUUAUGAAUCCUGUUUCCAGGAUACUGGCUUUAAAAGCUCAACUGCCAGGGACUACUCAGGACCACUUACAGAUAUUUAAUAUUGAGAUGAAAGCCAAGAUGAAGUCCUAUCAGAUGCCUGAGCAGGUUGUCUUUUGGAAGUGGAUUACUCCAAAGAUGUUGGGCAUGGUAACCCAGACCUCAGUAUAUCAUUGGUCAAUCGAGGGUGACUCUGAACCUGCAAAGAUGUUUGAUAGAACAGCCAAUUUAUCAAACAAUCAGAUAAUUAACUACAGAUGUGAUCCAUCUGAGAAAUGGUUGGUGUUGAUUGGAAUUGCCCCUGGCUCACCAGAGAAACCUCAGCUAGUAAAAGGAAACAUGCAGCUUUUUUCUGUUGAUCAGCAGCGCAGUCAAGCUCUUGAAGCACAUGCAGCAUCCUUUGCCUCUUUCAAAGUUCCUGGCAAUGAGAAUCCUUCGAUUCUUAUUUCUUUUGCAACAAAAAGCUCUAAUGCUGGACAGGUUACAUCAAAGCUUCAUGUAAUUGAGCUGGGUGCUCAGCCAGGGAAACCCUCGUUUACUAAGAAACAAGCAGAUCUUUUCUUCCCUCCUGACUUUGCAGAUGAUUUUCCAGUUGCCAUGCAGAUAUCCCACAAAUAUAGUUUGAUCUAUGUAAUUACCAAGCUGGGACUUCUAUUUGUGUAUGACCUUGAAACAGCUACCGCGGUGUAUAGGAAUAGAAUCAGUCCAGAUCCAAUUUUCCUUACCUCUGAAGCUUCAUCCGUUGGAGGCUUCUAUGCUGUCAAUAGACGUGGCCAGGUGUUACUUGCCACUGUAAAUGAGUCAACAAUCGUGCCUUUCGUCAGUGGACAAUUAAACAACCUGGAGCUUGCUGUCAAUCUUGCUAAAAGAGGAAACCUUCCUGGUGCAGAGAAUCUGGUUGUCCAACGAUUUCAAGAAUUGUUUGCUCAAACCAAGUACAAGGAAGCUGCUGAGCUUGCUGCAGAAUCUCCUCAAGGCAUUCUCCGUACACCAGAUACAGUUGCAAAAUUUCAGAGUGUACCUGUGCAAGCUGGACAAACACCACCAUUGCUGCAGUACUUUGGGACCCUUCUAACUAAAGGAAAGCUGAAUGCAUUUGAAUCCUUGGAGUUAUCUCGUCUUGUUGUGAAUCAGAACAAGAAGAAUCUUUUGGAAAACUGGUUGGCUGAGGAUAAGCUGGAAUGUAGUGAGGAGCUUGGAGAUCUUGUGAAAACUGUGGACAAUGAUCUUGCAUUGAAAAUUUACAUUAAAGCAAGAGCAACACCAAAAGUUGUUGCAGCUUUUGCUGAGCGGAGGGAGUUCGACAAAAUUCUGAUCUACUCCAAGCAGGUUGGGUAUACACCUGAUUAUUUAUUUCUUCUGCAAACAAUUCUUCGAUCAGAUCCUCAGGGUGCUGUUAAUUUUGCUUUAAUGAUGUCCCAAAUGGAGGGAGGUUGUCCAGUUGAUUACAAUACAAUAACAGAUCUUUUCCUCCAGAGGAAUUUGAUACGGGAGGCUACUGCUUUUCUUUUGGAUGUCCUUAAGCCCAAUCAGCCAGAACAUGCUCACCUGCAAACUAAGGUUCUUGAAAUCAACCUUGUGACAUUCCCUAAUGUUGCUGAUGCCAUAUUAGCCAAUGGUAUGUUCAGUCACUAUGACCGUCCUCGCAUUGCUCAACUUUGUGAGAAAGCAGGUCUUUUCGUUCGAGCCCUUCAGCAUUACAGUGAACUGCCAGAUAUUAAACGUGUCAUUGUGAACACUCAUGCAAUUGAGCCACAGUCUCUCGUAGAAUUCUUUGGCACACUAUCAAAGGAGUGGGCACUGGAGUGUAUGAAGGAUCUUUUACUGGUCAAUCUAAGGGGAAACCUUCAGAUAAUUGUGCAGGUUGCCAAAGAAUACUGUGAGCAGCUGGGUGUUGAAGCAUGUAUCAAACUCUUUGAGCAAUUUAAAUCAUAUGAAGGCCUAUACUUCUUUUUGGGGUCGUAUUUGAGCUCCAGCGAGGAUCCUGAUAUCCACUUCAAGUACAUUGAGGCAGCUGCAAAGACAGGACAAAUUAAGGAGGUUGAGCGUGUAACAAGAGAGUCGAAUUUUUAUGAUGCUGAAAAGGCCAAAAAUUUUCUAAUGGAAGCCAAACUUCCUGAUGCAAGGCCAUUGAUCAAUGUGUGUGACCGUUUUGGCUUUGUCCCGGAUCUCACUCACUAUCUCUAUACCAACAACAUGCUCCGUUAUAUUGAAGGUUAUGUUCAGAAGGUCAACCCAGGGAACGCUCCUUUAGUUGUAGGACAGCUUUUAGAUGACGAGUGUCCUGAGGAUUUCAUCAAAGGCUUGAUUCUAUCUGUUCGUUCUCUGCUUCCAGUUGAGCCCCUUGUGGAUGAGUGUGAAAAGAGGAACCGACUUCGGUUACUUACCCAGUUUUUAGAGCAUCUUGUGAGUGAAGGAAGUCAAGAUGUCCAUGUCCACAAUGCUUUGGGUAAAAUUAUCAUAGAUAGUAACAACAAUCCAGAGCACUUCCUCACCACCAACCCGUAUUACGAUUCACGUGUUGUCGGUAAAUACUGUGAGAAGCGUGAUCCUACGCUUGCUGUUGUUGCAUAUCGCAGAGGGCAAUGUGACGAAGAACUUGUCAAUGUAACAAACAAGAAUUCUCUGUUCAAGCUGCAAGCCAGAUAUGUUGUGGAGAGGAUGGAUGCUGAUCUCUGGGAGAAGGUUCUUGACCCUGAGAAUGAAUACAGGAGGCAACUCAUUGAUCAAGUUGUCUCAACUGCUUUGCCUGAAAGCAAGAGCCCGGAGCAGGUUUCUGCUGCUGUUAAAGCUUUUAUGACUGCUGAUCUUCCCCACGAGUUAAUCGAGCUUCUUGAGAAAAUUGUCCUUCAGAACUCCGCUUUCAGUGGAAACUUCAACCUCCAAAACCUGCUUAUCUUGACAGCCAUCAAGGCUGAUCCAUCUCGAGUGAUGGACUACAUCAAUAGAUUAGAUAACUUUGAUGGACCUGCUGUUGGAGAGGUGGCUGUAGAAGCACAACUGUAUGAAGAGGCAUUUGCAAUAUUCAAGAAGUUCAACUUGAAUGUGCAAGCCGUUAAUGUUCUGUUAGAUAAUAUCCAAAGUAUUCCACGGGCUGUUGAGUUUGCCUUCCGUGUUGAAGAAGAUGCUGUUUGGAGUCAGGUGGCCAAAGCCCAGCUCAGGGACGGGCUAGUGAGUGAGGCGAUAGAGUCGUUCAUUCGUGCCGAUGAUGCUACCCAAUUCUUGGAUGUAAUCCGUGCUUCUGAAGACACAGAGUGCUACCAUGAUUUGGUGAAAUAUCUACUGAUGGUGAGACAGAAGACCAAGGAGUCCAAGGUGGACAGUGAGCUCAUCUAUGCGUAUGCCAAGAUUGAUAGAUUGAGUGACAUUGAGGAGUUCAUCCUCAUGCCGAAUGUUGCCAACCUCCAAAAUGUUGGUGAUCGGUUGUUUGAUGAAGCAUUGUAUGAAGCUGCUAAGAUAAUAUACGCUUUCAUCUCCAACUGGGCGAAGCUUGCUGUCACACUUGUAAGGCUGCAACAGUUUCAAGGUGCUGUCGAUGCCGCUCGUAAAGCGAAUAGUGCAAAGACAUGGAAAGAAGUUUGCUUUGCCUGUGUUGAUGCUGAGGAGUUCCGCUUGGCUCAGAUCUGUGGUCUCAAUAUUAUUGUGCAGGUGGAUGAUCUGGAAGAGGUGAGUGAGUACUACCAAAAUAGAGGAUGCUUCAAUGAGCUUAUCUCUCUCAUGGAGAGUGGUCUAGGUUUGGAGCGAGCUCACAUGGGCAUCUUCACCGAGUUGGGUGUGCUUUAUGCCAGAUACCGUUAUGAGAAGCUGAUGGAGCAUAUUAAACUUUUCUCGACACGCCUCAACAUCCCAAAGCUAAUCCGUGCUUGUGAUGAACAACAGCACUGGAAGGAACUUACCUAUUUGUAUAUUCAAUAUGAUGAGUUUGAUAAUGCUGCAACUACUGUCAUGAAUCAUUCUCCAGAUGCUUGGGAUCAUAUGCAGUUCAAGGAUAUUGUAGUUAAAGUGGCGAAUGUGGAGCUCUAUUACAAGGCUGUUCACUUCUACCUACAAGAGCAUCCCGACCUUAUCAACGAUGUUCUCAAUGUCCUUGCACUACGUGUUGACCAUACACGUGUGGUUGACAUAAUGCGUAAGGCGGGACACCUUCAUCUUGUUAAACCAUACAUGGUUGCAGUUCAGAGCAAUAACGUAUCUGCUGUAAACGAGGCACUGAAUGAAAUAUAUGUUGAGGAGGAAGACUAUGAUAGAUUGCGUGAAUCUAUUGAUUUACAUGAUAACUUUGAUCAGAUUGGCCUUGCACAAAAGAUUGAGAAACAUGAGCUUCUUGAGAUGAGGCGUGUUGCUGCAUAUAUCUACAAGAAAGCAGGUAGAUGGAAGCAAUCCAUUACAUUGUCGAAGAAAGACAAGGUGUACAAAGAUGCCAUGGAGACUGCCUCACAAUCUGGGGAUCGUGAGCUUGCAGAAGAGCUGCUUGUUUAUUUCAUUGAGCAGGGAAAGAAAGAGUGCUUUGCUUCCUGUCUCUUUGUUUGUUAUGAUCUCAUUCGCGCAGAUGUGGCUCUUGAGCUGGCCUGGUUGAACAACAUGAUCGACUUUGCCUUCCCAUAUCUGCUUCAGUUUAUCCGUGAAUAUACUGGCAAGGUUGAUGAACUAAUCAAGGACAAGAUAGAAGCAGUGAAGGAGACUAAAGCCAAGGAGAAUGAAGAGCAGGAUGUCAUCAAACAGCAGAAUAUGUAUGCCCAACUACUGCCACUUGCUCUACCUGCGCCACCGGGUAUGGGUGGUGGAUAUGGUCAACCUGGACCACCACCGCCAAUGGGUGGAAUGGGAAUGCCACCAAUGCCUCCAUUUGGAAUGCCACAAAUGGGCUCCUAUUGAUUUCGUGAAUACUUGCUAAUAUGGUGAAGAGGACAAAUCGACAUGGGUUCCACUUGGUGCUUUUCUUCAUCGUUCCCAUUCUUGAGGUUGAAAUUAAAGAAUAACGAAGUUGAUGUGUGGAUAAGUUUUUCUUGUAAUAUUCUUUGGGUAGCCGUAGCUGAGGCAUUUUUUUGCAGCUGGUAGGGCAGCGUGAUGAGUACAAUUAUAUGUAUUGUGUACCAAAACAAAGGGGUUCGAUAGGAUGUAUAUGCUACUUCUUGUAUGCUCUCUCUCGACUACUUCAUGUAUUUUCUCUCGAGACUUCAAUAGCAUCUGUUUUCUUUUGGAGUUUAUUUCUCA